UUUAAAUAAAUUUAAAAUGGCUUCCACAAAAUUUCAAUUUAUUUUCUUUGUUGCUUUCGGAUUAUUUAUUGCGAAUUUUGACAAUGUUUUAGGACUUACAUGCAGUCAAGGCAAUAUAACAUCGUAUAAAAAUGUAAAUUGUGCAAUGUGUUUAACACUUCGAUGUGAUGGAAUUAUUCAAUUACGUGAUUGUGGAGAAGGUAAAUUAGAAAAAGGUCAAUUUUGCUCGACAUACGCUGGCUGCCCUAAACGGAAAGAUCAUAAAAAACCUAAAGUAACCUGCAUUCCAUGUCUUACUGAAAACUGCAAUAAUGAACCAAAUUAA